GUUUCUCAACGCGAACAGCAACGGAUUGAACCCCCACCACGCGACGCAUUACCACCACUAUUAUCAUUAUUUCCAUCACCACCGGGUCUUUUCCCCACCACGGUUUCGGGGCUUUAGAGCUUUAGACGCUACUCGCUUUCAGCGUAGGUGCAUCGGUCGUUACUCGCGUUUGUCGCGUCGUCGUUUGUUGAUUUCGCGUUCAGUGCUGGGUCGGUGAUUAAGGAAUUCUGAGCAAUCAAUGACAAAUAAGCCCAAUAAUUGAAGAAGGGGAUAGAUAAAGAGUGGUUGAACCAUGGCACGUACCAAGCAGACGGCCCGUAAGUCAACGGGAGGAAAAGCCCCGCGUAAGCAGCUUGCGACGAAAGCGGCUAGGAAAAGCGCCCCGUCCACCGGUGGUGUGAAGAAGCCGCAUCGUUACAGGCCUGGUACUGUGGCUCUUCGAGAAAUCAGAAGAUACCAGAAGUCAACCGAGUUGCUGAUCCGGAAAUUGCCGUUCCAACGCUUGGUUCGUGAAAUCGCACAGGACUUCAAGACCGACUUGCGUUUUCAAAGCGCUGCCAUCGGCGCUCUGCAAGAAGCUUCCGAAGCGUACCUCGUCGGUCUCUUUGAAGACACCAAUCUGUGCGCGAUCCAUGCGAAACGCGUAACGAUUAUGCCUAAGGAUAUCCAGCUGGCCCGGCGAAUCCGCGGCGAGCGUGCUUAAGAGACGCUAUGUAACUCACAUACAUACCGUUUAUUGCGAUUAUUAUUAUUAAUAUUAUUAUAUAUUAAUUAUUACCGUUCGCAAUCGUCGUGGAUGAAGCACUUUCAUUCCAAGCUCUGCAUAAUUUUGUUUUAUCCAUAUAGAAACUUACAUACUGUAGUGUUAUCCAGUGAUUUUUUUUUCAUAUCUCCGGUGAUGUAUAGAAUUCGAUUGGAUUUCACAAAUCAUGCGGGAUAUAAAAAAAAACAUUCUCUUUUUUUUUUUUUUUGUUGCUCUCGAAACUUCCCGUGUUUAACAACUUUGUAGUUUGUAUCACAUAGAUAUUCAUAUAUUUACAAGGUUUAAUUUGCAAUACUUUCAGCGCUGAGAGAAAUUCACGUAUAAAUUAUUUCGAUGGAACAGCGUUUAGAAGCGACGUUUUAUUUUCACUCUAUCUUAUUAUCGUCAUUAAUGUCACAUAACAAUGUCAUUAUCAUUAUUAGUAUUUGCAAAAAGUGUGCACUAGAAUAAGACACCCUUAGAGUGCCCGAUGUAGUGCUUAACGUAUUAGACCUCUGUACUCGAGUUACAUAAAAUCGUUUUGAUCACCUAACUAUUGUGUAAAAAUUUGUGUAAAAAUAAACGCAUUUCGUAAAUAAA